AUGCCCCGGGGAAGACACGGGAGCCGCGUGAGCGCCCUGGUGGGCGGCCGGGAGGAAGAGGCGCCCCCGGAGGCGGCCACUGUGCCCUCGUCGCUGUUACAGUCCCCGCAGCAGACGGAGGCGGCGGCCGAGCAGAUUUUGCUCCGGGGCAUCUUUGAGAUCGGGAGGGGCAGCUGCGACGUGGUGCUGAGCGAGCGGGCCCUGAGGUGGCGGCCCGUUCAGCCCGAGCGCCCAGCGGGUGAUUCCAAGUUUGAUUUGCUAUGUAAAGAAGAAUUUGUUGAACUCAAAGACAUAUUCUCUGUGAAACUGAAACGGCGUUGUUCUGUUAAACAGCAGAGAAGUGGCACUUUAUUAGGUAUCACACUCUUCAUCUGCUUGAAAAAAGAUCAAAACAAAUUAAAGAGCUCUACACUUGAUCUUAUUAAUUUAAGUGAAGACUACUGUGAUGUAUGGUUUAGACAGUUCAAGAAAAUUCUGGCAGGUUUCUCAAACAGACCGAAGUCAUUAAAAAUACUCCUUAAUCCCCAAAGUCAUAAAAAAGAAGCUAUACAGAUCUAUUGUGAGAAGGUUGAACCUCUGUUGAAGCUUGCAGGAAUAAAGACUGAUGUAACAAUAACAGAAUAUGAAGGGCACGCUCUGUCACUACUUGAGGAAUGCGAACUCCAGGGAUUUGAUGGUGUUGUCUGUGUUGGUGGAGAUGGAUCUGCUAGUGAAAUAGCCCAUGCUUUGCUCCUUAGAGCCCAGAAGAACGCGGGGAUGGAAACAGACCAAAUCCUGACUCCUGUCAGAGCACAGCUGCCACUCGGAUUAAUACCAGCAGGAUCUACUAAUAUAUUGGCACAUUCUCUUCAUGGAAUCCCUCAUGUGGUGACUGCAACUUUGCACAUUAUAAUGGGGCAUGUACAACCAGUUGAUGUCUGCUCCUUCAGCACCCCUGGCAAGCUUCUUCGCUUUGGGUUUUCAGCCAUGUUUGGCUUUGGUGGAAGAACUUUGGCUCUGGCGGAAAAAUAUCGCUGGAUGUCUCCUAACCAACGCAGAGAUUUUGCUGUAAUUAAAACACUGGCAAAACUUAAGACAGAGGACUGUGAAAUAUCAUUUUUACCACUUAACAGCUCUCAGAAUGUACAAGAUGGGAGGGCACAGGGCUCUCCGAGAUCUGACUGUGAUGAUCAAUGGCAAAGGAUCCAAGGUCAGUUCUUGAAUGUCAGCAUUAUGGCAAUUCCUUGCCUGUGUUCGGUGGCACCUAGAGGCUUGGCACCUAAUACCAGAUUAAAUAAUGGAAGUAUGGCUCUUAUAAUUGCACGAAAUACUUCUCGACCAGAAUUUAUAAAACACCUGAAAAGAUAUGCCAGUGUAAAAAAUCAGUUCAAUUUUCCAUUUGUUGAGACUUACAUUGUUGAAGAAGUGAAAGUUCAUGCAAGGAAUAAUACCAGUGGAUACAAUCCAGAGGAGGAGGAUGAACCUCCUAAAACUACUUCAGGAAACAGCUGCCCUUGGAAUGUAGAUGGAGAGUUAAUGGAAGUUGCAUCAGAGGUCCAUGUUAGGUUGCAUCCAAAACUUAUCAGUCUUUAUGGAGAAAACAUGGAAGAAAUUAAUGAUUCCAAAGUAACGUGUAAUUGUUUGUAA